AUGACACUGCUUCGAAGAACUUUUGGAAUUUGUAAUUUAACUAAAAGAUACGUUACGCCGAGCAAGAACUUCCAGUAUUUCGCUGAAUCUUGUCGUGUACUUUAUUUUCCAAGAAUCAACAGUGGAACUGUCAUAAAAAUUCCGUUUUAUUGCAAAGAGUAUUGGUUUAAAGGAACUACUUUAUUAUCUAUUUUAAUUGCAUUCCAUUCUGAAAGGUUUAAAGAUGAAAAUCUCCUAAGAGCAGCAAGAACUGGUAAUACAAAAGAAAUCAAAAGGUUAAUUGAGAGUGGUGUAGAUGUUAACCAACGGCAUGUUUAUGGAUGGACACCUCUACAAGUAGCUGCUAUGAAUAAGCAUAAAAGGGCUGUCGAAGAGCUUCUGAAAUUGGGUGCAGAUGUUGACCUUGGUGAUGAUUUCUCUAAUGUUUAUCUUGUUGCUAAAGAAAAACAAGUUCACUCUUUGGAAGUUUGGGCUGCAAGAGAAGAUGAAUUCAAUGAAAAUUUGAAUUUAAGAGCUUCUUUUAAGAAUUGUACUGCUCUACACUAUGCAGUGCUAUCUAAUGAUCUACCUAUUGUGGAAGUUCUUCUCAAGCAUGGAGCUAAUCCAGUAAAGAAAAAUGCUCUUGGGCACAAACCAAUAGAUUAUGCUCAGACAGAUGACAUUAAGAAACUUCUUCUCACAUAUACAGAAAAAUACGCCCAAGUGCAAUCUGAGAAAGAAGCGCAGGAAAGACGCAAAUUUCCUCUUGAACAGAGAUUGAGAAAGCACAUAGUUGGUCAAGAAGGAGCCAUUACCAAUGUUGCUGCAGCAAUAAGACGAAAAGAAAAUGGAUGGUAUGAUGAAGAUCAUCCUCUUGUUUUUCUUUUCAUGGGUUCAUCUGGCAUAGGUAAAACUGAACUUGCUAAACAAGUAGCUAAAUAUCUUCAUAAAGAUAAAAAAGAAGGGUUUAUUAGGCUAGAUAUGUCUGAAUAUCAAGAAAAACAUGAAGUAUCUAAGUUAAUUGGUUCACCUCCUGGUUAUAUUGGGCAUGAUGAUGGUGGUCAGCUAACAAAACAAUUAAAAGCUUUUCCUAAUGCAGUUGUGCUUUUUGAUGAAGUUGAUAAGGCACAUCCAGAUGUACUCACUAUUCUUUUACAACUAUUUGAUGAAGGUCGCUUAACUGACGGCAAGGGUAAAACAAUUGAAUGCAAGGAUGCAAUUUUUAUCAUGACCUCCAAUUUAGCAAGUGAUGAAAUAGCAAAUCAUGCUCUGCAGUUGAGAGCUGAAGCAGAAGAAAUUGCCAAGCAAAGAUACAGUGAUAACAUUAAUGACAUUGAAAUGUUUGAAAAGAUUACAAUAUCUAAAUGUUUCAAAGAAAAUGUGGUUCAUCCCAUCCUUAAGGGUCAUUUUAGAAGAGAUGAAUUUUUAGGACGAAUAAAUGAGAUUAUUUACUUUUUACCUUUUUCGAAGUCAGAGCUAUUUAAUUUAGUUCAGAAGGAAUUAGAACAAUGGGCUUUGAAGGCCAAAGAAAGACAUGGCAUUGAGCUCACGUGGGACAAAAUUCUUUUGGAAACUCUGGCUGAAGGUUAUGAUGUGCAUUAUGGAGCAAGAUCUAUCAAACAUGAGGUUGAAAGGAGAGUGGUGAAUCAGUUAGCUGAUGCUCAUGAGAAGAGACUAAUUGACAAAGGAUGUGCUGUUCAUAUUACAGUUGAGGAGGUCAUUGGACCACAUAUCAAACAAAAUCUGAAUGACAAAGAAAGUGUUACGAGGACUAUUAAGCUGCAAAUGAAGCCUAAAAAUAAAGAAAAGUCUUAUUUAGACUUAAAGCUUAGUAAUUAUGCUCCAUUGAGUAGUAUUUGAACCUGUGUGUAAAAUGUAAUAGAUAUGUAAAA